GAAAAAAAAGAAGCAAAAGAAAGAAAGAAAGAAAGAAUGGAAAUAAGUCUUAACAAUGGCUUCAAAAUGCCGAUGAUGGGGCUUGGAGUUGCGGGAAUGAGGAAGGAUGAAAUCAAAGAUAUCAUUACCAACGCCAUUCAAAUUGGUUAUCGCCAUUUUGACUGCGCUGCUGACUAUAAAAAUGAGGCUGAAGUAGGUGAGGCACUGGCAGAAGCUUUAGAGAGUGGACUUGUGAAGAGGGAAGAACUUUUCAUUACUUCAAAGCUAUGGAACUCGGACCAUGGACAUGUUGUGGAGGCUUGCAAGGACAGCUUAAAGAAGCUUCAACUACAGUAUUUGGAUUUGUACUUAGUCCACUUCCCAAUACCCACAAAGCAUACAGGAGUGGGCAAUACCAACAGUGAAUUGGCUAAAGAUGGGAUGUUAGACAUUGAUACAACCAUAUCUUUAGAAACCACUUGGCAUGCCAUGGAAGAUCUGGUUUUUGUUGGUUUAGUUCGUAGUAUUGGGAUCAGAGAGAAAGUUGGAUGCAGCAACUACGACAUAAUUUUGACAAGAGAUUGUUUGACAUAUGCAAAAGUGAAGCCUGCCGUGAACCAAAUUGAAACACAUCCUUAUUUCCAAAGAGAAUCUCUCGUUCGUUUUUGCCAAAAGCAUGAGAUUUGUGUCACGGCUCAUACUCCUUUAGGUGGUGCUGCUGUUAAUCCUCAAGUUUUUGGUUCUAUUUAUAAUGUUAUCCAAGAUCCUCUGCUUGAGAAAGUAGCAAAUAAAUACGGGAGGAGCCCAGCUCAAAUUGCCCUAAGGUGGGGAAUUCAAAGGAACACUGUGGUUAUACCAAAGUCUUCAAAAUUGAAGAGAUUGGAAGAGAAUUUUCAAGUGUUUGAUUUCGAGCUUAAACAGGAAGAUAUGGAUCUCAUAAAAAAUAUUGACAAGAAAUAUAGAACCAAUCUCAUUUCAACAGUGGCUUGGGGAAUAGAUAUAUAUGCUUAAUUCACUAGGACAUCAUGUGUGUAUCCUUUUCGUUUAAACAAAUCUAUUCCAAGCUAAAAACCCUCGGUUUGUAUUUCAUUACACUUUCUCAAUAGUAUUUUUAUAUACAAAUAAAUUUCUUUUUAACAAUA